UGCACCACUUGAUCUAGUCACUCAUAGAAAUAGUGCAAUGCUUAGAUUUGUUUGUUUACUGUUACUUACUGAAUUUGUUUUUAAUUGAGUGGCUUCAUUAAGCAAUUAUUGUUAUCAUCUUUUUUCCCUUAGAAAUCGAUGACUGAUUUAUUAUCAUUUUGCAAGUAUAUUGAAUAUUAAGAUUCCAUUUAUUAAUUAAACCUUAAAACUUUAUUUAUGGCCGAUAACUCUGAAACUAAACCGGAGGAUGCAUCCCAGAAUCCCGAUCAGCUUGUUAAGCUGUGCAAACGACGACUCGAAAACUGGCGAGAAGUGUUGAUACACCUUCAUUCAUUGCUUGUUUGGGAAAAACCUUUUUAUCCUGGAAUCACUGCUGGCACAGUAACAGUGGUGUUUCUUUUGCUUUGGUAUUUUGAUCCAUCUGUUUUGACCACAUUUUCUGUAUUUGGAAUUGUUGCAUGUUUGUUGGAUUAUGCAGUACCUAUGCUCAGCUCUACUUUUUUCGAUUCUAGCAAGUGGACUGGAUCGCGAGAAAAGAAGUAUGAAGACAUUUGUCGCAGCCUUGUUGGUUGUUACGUGAAAACAAAGCACAUUUGUGAUUAUCUACGACAGACAAAAGAAACAAAACCUUAUCUUUAUGUAUUGGGAGUCGUUGGAACUCUGAUACUUACAGCCUGGAUUGGAAAUUUAAUCAGUAAUCUGUUUCUGACAUAUUUGAUUGUUCUUUUAUCUGCUUUAUCGCCUGGUCUGAAAUCGCAACAAUUGAUCCAGGAUGCAGUUGCAUCUGUGCUGGCCAUGAUUGGACAAGGAAAGAAGAAGAAAUGAAUAGUAUUUGAGACAGCACAGAUCACUCUCCAUUGCCUAGCAACGAGCCAAUUUACCAAAUGCUCAUCCUAAUUUGUAGUCAAUAUAUAUAGUGAGAUUCUUAUGCAAUUUAUUCCUCAUAAACACGAGAAUGCUUCUAUUGCCAAAAAAAAGUGGACUGCUUGUGCGCUUCAAAUAAAGUGUGCGCCGAACGUGGCUUUUUGAAGGUUCAUUACUCCAUUUAUUUUUCAUUUGUGUAUCAGAAUUGUAGAUUUCAAAAGUAAUAAAACUUUCAUAAACUAUAA